CGUAGAAUUACAGACUCACCCUUGGCUGGCGAAAGAGAUACAAACCAUUGCUUUUACAACUGGGGCACAGGGCCAGGAUAGUAAUAUAUCGCCUAGUCAGCAGGCCAAAAUAUCCAUCCUUGGAUGACAUCACCUAGCCAUGCCAGGUACUAUGGCGAUAGGCACCACCGUGUCAGGUUUUACAGUUUUCCUUUUACUAAACAAAACAUCCGAUUUAGCUAUCUUGUUUUUUUAUUAUCUGUCCACGUCCAUCACAUGAGCAUGUAGGGUUGGUGGCCCACAAGUGAUGGUUCACAAAUAUAUCCUAGCGCCAGAAAUAUUGUUAAUUGAUGCACGCAAACAGCCUUUAGAGGCUCCACAUGUGCUCAGGACAUUGUUAAACUACAAGGCAUGUCAACGCUUCUGUGACAUCUAGCUAUAUAGACAUAUUGCCUGCUGAACAAUUCGAGGGUGCUGCUCAAAUUCUCUUGCAGGCCGUCAGUCUUCAUGGCAGCAACAUAGAUGCUGGAACUCAAACUCAGGGGGCAGGUGUUUUACAGGUAACAGUCCAGAACAAAGUCUGAAAGCAGUUCAUGAAGAAAGAAAACGGAAAACACAACAGGGCCUGCCUAGACUAAAUGUUUGUCGUCUAGAACGGCCUCACCGAGGUGCUGUGGGACUACUCUAGUUCUUCUCGCGCGCGCCAGCCGGAGUGUGUCGCCGUCGUAUUUGAUGAUGGUUGAGAGUUGCAGCGGUGCCAGUGUCUUGUUGUUGAAAACUCGUAGGCAUCUUUCUUUCCAUAAGUUCCAGGCAGUGUAUAUGAUGAUCUGGGUUGCCCCUUGCUUGGGGUAUGAAUAAUUUUCCCUUUUCCAUGGUCAGUCAAAGUACCAAUCAUGCAUGCACUACUUCAAGGAAGUGUACGGGGUUGAUAUUUGUUGUAGAUGAAACAAGUUCAGGUGACACUACGAACGGCGGCGUAAAGAAAGCUCCUCGGAGGGCUGCAAAGUUGUUUAACUUGGAUCCAAAAAUUCUGUUUCUUCUUUGACUGAACCUAAAUACAAAUAAGAGAGAUUAGACUUGGUAAAAAUCAUAUUGUUUCCAGAAAAGGCUUAACUUGACUAUGUAACCUGCAAUUGCGGGGAACAUGGGUGCGUUAGGUGAAAUCUGGUCACCGAACUCCCUUGGAGCACGUAACGUUCCUUGAUGCUCCAGAUGUAGAUUGCCGAAUGCAUUCAAGCGCUAGCUCGAGUGAAGAGGACGGCAGCUCUGCCCCAAGGGCAGCCAUGGACGUGCCAAGCACUCAGGGCGAAUCACUGUCAUUGCCGGUAGCAGGGGCGCUAUGCAGCACCGGCCGGCCAGCAACCGAAUCUGGGGCAGCUUCGGCCUGUGUUGGGCAUUGGGAAAGCACUGACGCUCCUCCAGGCGGUCUCAUUUCUCUUGAGGAAUCUUGGGAUCUAGACGGGAAGGUGCGCAACAACAUCGAUGAGACACAGCCACGGCUUCAGCUUCGGGAGGCUCCAUCGCGAUCAUCCCGGGGUUCUCGAUUGCAGUCAAUAGAUUUGACAACAAGGUCGGAGUUCUUCUUAGUGGACAGGCAGCUGGUGCAGUAUUUCAAGAAAGCAUCAACCAUGAAUUGGCCUCUCUUCUUGGCCCUGCUUUCGUCAACGUUUUGCCACGAGAAGCGACUCCGCAUCCGGAUAUUUUGUGCUUGCUCUGCAUUUUCCCUGACACUGAACGUGGUGCCGUUGUUUCUGGCCGGAUGGAUGGCAGAAAAGGAGCCAUCCACUGGGGAAGAAGAGGAGGACGACGAGAAAGUUGAGCCGAGUGACCGGAAUCGCAUUCUUGGGCUAUGCGUCGCGGCCUACUUGUCGAACUUGUCAUGGACAGCCACAGCAGUCUCUUUCGCAAUGCUUCUCGGAGCUGGGUACUCCUGGUUCUUUCUCAUAUUGGCCGUACUCAUAUUUCCCUACUAUUUCAUCGUCAAGCAUGGCAUCGAGAACGGCAUAACCUGGGGGGUGGUGCAGUAUGCGGAGCAUCGCUCGGACAUGGAUUUCUUAUUCGGGCUCUGCUUUGAUAUCACCCAGACCAACAUGACAGCGCUUGCGGCGACCCUGUUCGGCUACCUGCAGCGAAGUCAGUGUGUGGAUGUCGCUUUUCGGGCACCCGAAAUAAUCCUUUUCAUUGCUGUCGUGAUUGGGCUCUUCGUUAUGACCAUGUGCACGGUGCCGCCGGCAGCAGGACUUCCAUCUCACAGGGAUUCAUUUGUCAGAAGGAUCAUGAAGCUCGCUGUCUAUUGGCUUCUUAUUUUGACGUCUAUGGGUUUGUUUCUGACUGUUCUGAAGAUAUGUGGGCCGUAUGCACUUCUGUCUUUCAUCGUUGUUGUCGUCGAUGCAGUUGCCUACUGGCCAGAGUACCUGAAAUCCACCUUUAUUGUACAGACUCUCAAAGUGGUUACAAGGUGUGUAGAACAAAAGGGGUUCUGGCGAGAUGCUGAACGGCAAGCAAUUGCUACACCCAAGCAUGCUAGAAGCAGUGGCCAAGUAUCAACGGAAGGCUCAGCAAGCAGAGCAGGAGACAAGCAACAGCCUCCUAGGGCAGCUCGCGAGCAAUCUCGGCUGCUGGUCAGCUUCUUCUCCAUCGUAUCCGGUGCGCUGAUGGUGUCGUACUCACUGAACAUUGGUGCGCAGAGCUGGAAAUACAAGGCAUCACUGCUCUCCAUGUAUUCUGCAUUUGUAGCAUACCUCGGGAUGGUGGUCACAGUGCGCGAGGCACCGAAGGAUAAAACGAUUGCAGUGUGGGUGUCCAGUUGCCUAGCAGCUCUCCUGUUGUUAGGGGCCCUCGUAUGCGUCAUUGCAUUCAUUCUGUCAAACCCUCUACAUUUGGGAGCUCCUCUACAUGAGAAGCAGCGUCCAUCCAGGGAAGAUAUUAGUUUACCUUAAAUGUCUGCAUAUAUGCAGUCUUAACACAUCCAUUCACUGCUAUACUGAGAUUAACUUGUGGCUGUUUCCUCUCCAAUUUAGCGCUCACUGCUUGCGGUUGUAUUUUGUGAUGUACUGCCCGGCCUGCACUUGUUUUUGGAAGGAUGAUGCAGAAAAACUGUUGUGACCUA